ACACGCGUGCCAUUGGAUUUUUGCAUUACCAGAGAAGAGCAGAGCUGUUAACUCAGGACAAAUGAACUUAUAACAAAAUAUUGCAUAUAGAGUAGUUUAAAGACUGUGGGAAUCAAGAACAGCCUUUCACCAUGGUUAUUCCAUAAAGAUGUGCAGCGUGGAUUCAAGGAGAAUAUUGUUUUUGUUCUCAGCAGGUAAUAAGUUUAGGUCUGAGUCGAGGAACUGCAGAACGCACACUGUCAGAGGAGAAACAUGCCUGCUGCAAGAAAAAUGCUCCAGGAGGCCUUGUGCUGCUACACCGCAGAUACCCUCAUCGACAUCGACACAGUGAAAGAAUUCUGUGAGCAGAGUUCUGAAUGGAUGCUACAGAGGGAGAAAGAGGUGGAUAUGAUGAUUGACAUCAAAUCCAGGGCAGAUAACAUUGACCUCAGCAUCGGCCAUAUUACCCAGUCACAGACCAAAGGUAAAGCCUUUCUGCAAUAUAUGAAGAGCAAGGUAACCCUGCAGGGUACUGCAGACGGCAGGCGAGCAGAGCUGGAGGAGGAGCUGGCUGCUCUGCUGAAGUCCACUCUGGAAGGCCUGGGGGAGCUCGACCGCUUCUUGGCUGCGGUGGAGAAUUUGGCGGUCACCUCACUUCCUUUGUUCAUGGAUGAGAACCAGGUGUUACAUCUGCCUGAAGGGAUCAGCCCUGUAAUGGUUCAGGUUGUCAUCAUUACUGCACGGAUGAUCUGCCCUCACCUCCUCAAGUUUAAAAGAGUUGCAGACGCCUUCUUCUGCCCCAAACUUCAGAAUGUGGAAGUGCUGGCAUAUCAGCUGGACAAAUACAUAAGGACCACCGAGAAAAUCUGUGAGAAGUUAGAGAGAAGCUCCUUCUGUGACUUUUGCCUGAAGAUGAACGACGAUACACUGGUAGAACUCGCUGUGGAUUUGUCUGAAGACGACACACAAAGGAUGCUUCAUCACAUUAAUCAGCUCGAGGAACUCAGGAUGAACCAGAGCUUCCGGAUGGUGUUCUUGUUUCAGGGGGACGAACCCUGCUCUGAUUUCAUCAAUAAGUUUAAAGAGCGACAGCCGAGGAUGGAACAGUCUCUCAAGGACCUGGAAGAGCAUGCUGUUCAGUUAGACAGGAUGAAUAUGGGAGCAAAGAUCUCCAGUGUGGCAGGCAGCUCAGUGGGGGCAGUAGGAGGUGUGCUCUCCAUCGUUGGUUUGGCUUUAAUUCCUGUAACAGCUGGAGUGUCUUUAGUUCUGACAAUGGCCGGGGUAGGCAUGGGAAUUACAAGCGGAGUCAACAGCGCUGUCACCACUGGCACAGAGAUUAGAGUAAAUAGUACAUAUCAAAAGAAAGCCAGAGAAGUCUUCGAGAGCUUCAGGGAGGAUGUGCAGUGUCUCCAGGAUUGUCUGGAGGUCGUCACCAAAAGAGAAAAAAUCCACAUAGAUGUUGUUCUCGGGGUCGGCAAGGUGCUAGCUAAAGUAGGUGUUAUUGGAAAAGGUAUUGACUCAUUAGUUGAUGCAGCCUCUGCUUUCAAGCUGUUAAGAAGUGAAGAGCUGGCUAUGAGUGCUGCUAAAGUGGCAGUGCAGGAAGGGAAAGCUUUACGCAGCGUUCCCAGGGUGGCGUCAGAUAUCCCAGAUAUCGGUCAGGCAGCAGUCAAAGGGCCUCUUGCCCUCUCCAAGUCAGCCAGGGCCGGUUUCAUUGGGCUCAAUGCUCUGUUCCUCGGCAUGGAUAUCUUCUUCAUCUGUAAAGAUAGCAUGAGUCUGGCCAAAGGAAGCGAAACUGAGGUCUCACAGUUGAUCAGAGCCAGAGCAGCACUUUGGAGAUCAGAGGUGGACUCAUGGCAGAAGAUCCAUGACUUCCUCUGCGAAGGUUUGAAGAUAUCGGAAGAAAACAAGGCUAUCCUGGAGACACCAAUUUUUCCAGAGAGGAAGAUUAAGAAGCGCUAAGCAACUUAAAUAGACGGCAACUGACAGCUAAAUGGAGACAAUAACUGUAUUUUUUCUUUGUUGCCAAACCUGACACUAUAACCACAUAAUGAGACUGAUUUAAACUGCUUACACAUCACUGUUCAUCACAUAUAUCUUUGAGAAGUUCCUAAUUCUAAGAAGUGAUUUUUCUAAACCUUUCCUAUAUACAAAUGUUAAACAAAAUAUCAAUCAAUCAUGUAAUCACAUUCAAUGUAUAUAACCCCUGCAGUGCACAAGGAACAACUAAACAAGAGAAACUCCAGAAUAAACGGGUUCAAAUGAAAAAGAAACGUCGGGGCGAGCAACUGAAGAGGGAUCCCGCAACAAGGACGUGGAAAAUAUGUUGUGUGUACAGAAUAAAUGAAGUUAAUUCUAUAAUAUGUAUGAUCUGCAUUAUUUGUAUGUAUAAUUCUAACUACAUUUUUUUCUUGUACAAAUGAAUCAAUAAAGUUUAAAAAAGUUAAA